AAUCAGUUUUUGUAUUUACGAGUGAGAAUUAGUUUAAAUAAUUUAAUCAAUUGAUAUACUUUUGAUUAUAUCAAUUUGAUCAACUUGAUAACUUAUCGUAAAAAAAAUAUUUAAUUUAAUUUACAAAGUGAUUAAAGAUUAUCAACAAAAAAAUAACAAUCAUGUCGAUUAACAUUUACGGAAUCAUUGGUUUAAUUGUGAUCACCAUAAGUUUACAAUCAAUCACAGUUAACGGUAAUUGUAUGGCAGGAAUGAGUAAAGUUAAUCCAGUUAAAAAAGCAGCAGAAGCUUCAUACAAAGAGAUCUGUGGUAAUUGUGAUCUAAAGGUAAACGGCGCUGACCUUAACACUGUAAUUGAAAAGGGUGUUAAACCAGUGUUAGCAAAGGUCGCAAGUUACUUGGAGUGUAAAGAGAAAGAUGAGCUGGUCAGUGGGAUAGAAGCAAUUUUCAAGGAAUGUCUCAGUAAAUUAAAGGACGGCGAUUCCAUGUGCGAGAAAAAUACGUUCAGCGAAUUCAGUAAAUGUUCAGAGGAAAAGAGCAAAGAGAAAAACGUUAUGAAACUUGGAAUGGCCUGUUGUAGUAACGCUGGAUUCGUGGACAUCUUUAAGAUGACGGACUGUGCCUGUCUUGAUACAGUCGGCGCAUUGAAAGAAAAGAAAAUGAUUGAUAAAUCAGUCAAGGAUUGGGACAAAGUUAAACUUAAAUGUGAGGCCGGAGUUUCAGGUCAUGAGCCUUUGCUCAAUGAAAUGGUCGGUUUCAUGAAAACUGUUGAAAAUAAUGGACAAGUUUCCGUUGGAGUAAAUCAUCAAGGCGAUAAUUGUUUAUUGUGAUGAAAGUUUUUCUUGGUUCCAUUGCCAUUCAAGGAUUAUAAGGUUUCGUUAUAUUUGUUUAGUAAAAUUGAUUAUAUUAUAAUAAUAUAUUUACACUUUAACUUACAGAAUUAAAGAUUUGUUAAUUGUUAAUGAA